AUGGCGGCGGCGUCAGCGGCGGGGGGCGCGGCGGACGCGCAGGCCCGCUUCGGCCACUCGGUGAAGGGGCUGCUGACCGAGAAGGUGACGAGCUGCGGCACCGACGUGAUCGCCCUCACCAAGCAGGUGCUCAAGGGCUCCCGGAGCGCCGAGCUCCUGGGCCAGGCCGCCCGGAACAUGGUGAUGCAGGAGGACGCCAUCCUGCACUCGGAAGACAGUUUAAGGAAAAUGGCCAUUAUAACCACUCAUCUACAAUACCAGCAGGAAGCAAUUCAGAAAAACGUCGAGCAAUCCUCAAACCUACAGGACCAGCUGAAUCACCUGCUGAAAUGAAGCGUAGCCAAAGUCACGAGGACGUCUCGACGGGAGCCUCGUGGAAGCCGUCAGUCCUUUCCCCCUCCCCGAGCCAGGCAUUCAGCCCUCCACUGCCUGGGACUGGGUGUCAGCGGGGACAAACUGGGACAAACACAGAGUGUCUGUUCCCGAGCCUGCACCCCUCUCGUGCUCCCAUCCACGCCUGCGUCUCUAGAUUGCGUGCCCGCUCGCUGCAUUCGAUCGAAACUCCCCAGAAACUUUCCUUCCCCAGCAGCUCCUGUGCUCGUGGCUUUCUGUGUGUAGCGGGAAGUGCUCGGCCAGCACCCCAGGCAUGCAGGUUGUUCAGCUGUGUGUGUGAAACGGCCGUCCAGCCCUGCGUGCAGCACGUGAUGCUCCUUCUGCCCGAGGUCUGACGUCUUUUGUGGCCAUGGGAGGAUGAUUUUCCUUCCCAUCUCUAACCUCUGCUCAAUUUGGAGUCAUCUCCUGUGAGGUGAUGGAAGGGUGGUCGUUAUAUCUACCCAGGAUCAGGAAUCAUAAAGACAUUUUUUGCAGACACAUUGGUUUCCCCCCAUCUGUCCCCUCACAGGAAAUGCGGAGAAUAGAGUUGUGGGUUUUAUAUACAGGUGCCUGCA